CUUAAUUGGCCAUUCAACGGUACAAGCUCGACGCUCGCAUGCACGUCGCAUAUCGUCCUAUUUUCCAAGACGAUGCAGCUUUUGCUACUUCUUUCGAGUUAUUUCGCCAUUCUCACGCAAAUCGGCAGGUGCGCGCCGAGUCACGAAAGAGUGGACGAUGUGGAUUUAAACGACAGCAUCGACCAAUGCGCCUCUCGAAUUGGAUUACUCGUUGAGGAAACGAGAAGAAGUUUUACGAUGCCUAUAGAAGCCCCUGGGAAUUGUGUGAUGGCAUGCGUCUGGGAUAAAAUAGGAUUGAUGGAUAUCGAUGGAAAAAUCAUCAAAGAAGAAAUGAUCGCGAGCAUUCGACCUACUUUGCAACUAAUACCAAACAUCACUAGAGUCACCGAGGAGGACUUUUACCAGUGCGUCGACGAAGCAAAUCGAUUCAACGAUCCUUGCACAGUGGUCUCCGAGUAUUUCAAAUGUUUAAUCAAGGAUUUAUUCAUUCACAACACAUAGAUGGAGUUAAGGUCUAUGCGCAGACAACCCGUGUGUCGCAGUUAGAAAUUUUAUACAUAUAUAUAUAUAUAUAUAUAUAAUAUAUCCAGCAUGGUUUCUGAAAGGUGCGUAAAAUUAGUGAUUAUGCGCACUCGAGGAUUGUGAUUCAGUGUGGUCCGCAUUAAAUUCAGUUUUGCGGCUUAGAAUUUCAAAUCGUCUGUUGGGGCAUCUCUUUUUCCUUUUGAAGUCGAGUUUGUUCUCACGCGUUAACAACCCUUAUGCUAAUUUAUCUACCUACGUGAAUAGCGCUGAUGAUGCACGCGUGACUUUGAUACGGAGUAUAACUAUGAGUUCACAAACGCACUCUCUCUCUCUCUCUCGCUCAGCUAAUGUCAAUUUUGUGUACAUAAUCCGAUAUGGCUACUAGCGUCGUAUUUUUAUAAAUAAAUUGUCGAUCUUACUAUUAUAAGCCAUAUUUACCAAA